UUCUCUUCUAAGCCAAAAUAAAUAAAUAAAUAAAAGAUGAAAAUUUUGCUUUGCCUAGUAAUGUUCUUUCUCCUCGUCAACGGUUUUGCGACCGCACAAAAUCUCAUUCAAGAUUCUUGCAAGAAAGCUGCAGCUUCAAACCCCAAAAUCAAACUUGAUUUCUGCAUCAAGACCCUUGAAGGUAACCCACAGAGCAAGGCCGCAAAAAGCCUCGCCGACUUGGUCAUGGCCUCGACCAAGAACGCUGCCACCAAAACGACCAGCUUGAAAGCAAUGGCUGACAAGAUUCUCAAGGGGAAGAAGUUCGCAAAGGACAGUGAGAUGCCGUUACGCGACUGCCUUGAGCUUUAUACAGACGCUACUGCUUCCUUGAACGAAGCUAUGACGAGCGUUAAAUCGCGUAAAAACAAAACCGCCAAGGUGGGUAUGAGUGCUGCAAUGGAUGCGCCUAGCACUUGCGAAACUGGUUUCAAAGAAAGAAAAACGCCUCAGAAGUCUCCUUUUACGAAAGACAACGAUGUGUUGACUCAGACUAUUUCUAUUUGUUUAGCUCUUACAACAAUGUUGAAAUGAAAAUAUACUAAAAGU